CGUAUCUCGCCGCGAAUACGAGAGUAUAAUGAACCGCGGCAGGAACGACGCCAAUUAGGCGCGGCCCGUUAAUUAAAGGAGCGAACGCCCGCUGGAUAUCGCCGGAAGGAGCCGCUCGAAGACAAAUCGCCGCCGAUCGACGCGAGAUGUUCACUCCGCCGCGGCGUAUCGAUCGAGUCGGUGAUCGGGUCCGUGAUUUACGACAGUGAAAACUGCAGAUCUUGUUCUCUUCUACAGUGAUGACCAAGCUACCCUGAUAAUUGUCCAGCCGAGAACGAGGGGUUGUUUUGACGACGGUGAUUCGACAAGCUUUUUCUUGUCUUUCACGGUUCUUAACGCCGGCGGGAAAUCAUUGACAAUUACCCGCGCAAUCACGGGGCGGUCGCUAAACGUGCGCGCGAACGUAUCUUUUCCACUGAACGGGUACUUUUUCAGGGACGUCUCGUGUGAAUGAAUCGUGAUUCAUAGAUGAUGUAUAGAAUGGGAUGCCAGAUAACAGCGUAGAAAGUAAUAACUAAAGCGUUCGCAUGCGUCAACGUCGGGGUCGGUGGCGGGUGAGUCAAAAGUAAUUGGGACAUAAAUACACGUCGUAUCGCGCUUAUUAUCGCGAGUAAAUUGUCAGAUUGUCUGACGAUUGGCGCGAAGAGUGCGGUGAGAGUGUGACUUUUGUCGAAGCUAUGAGAAAAUAGAAAACACCGUACGUCAUGUGAAGUGACGUGCGAAGUGUUUUCAUAACACGAAGAAUCUAUCAACGGCGAUGGAGCGCCAACGAGUGUUUCUCGUAUUCGUUAUUUAUUUUCUGAGAUCCUGUCGAGUAUCGCACUCGAUCGGCCUGACGUUUGACAAUCAGCUGGUGAUCGUCGCGAAUGAUUGCUACACGAGAGUGGCCAUCGGGUCGAAAUUGCCCGACACGGACGUCUUCUCCAGCGUCGCGGUAGCUAGCAUUUCGGAAUGCGAGGACGAAUGUUCCAAGAGGAGGAAUUCCUGCAACGCGUUCGCUUUCGGGAUCGGCAUCAAAGGUAACGGGACUUGCGCGUUGAGCAUGAAAAUGCCAAAAUUCGAGGAACUGGAGUUCCACGCCGAUUACGAUGUCUACUUGAGAAGUCAACGCUCGCCGAACUGUGAAACAGAUCGACUCUACAAAAUGGGAAACGGUGCCUUCGGACAGGAAAGAAGAAACGAGACGAGACCGGCCACGCGAUUCGGCAGCGGCUUCUUAGGUCCGACAAUGUCAAGUAUCCUGUCAUCUCCCAGGGUUAUGGGAAGCAUGAUGCCUAGCGUCGCCGGUAAUCCUUCGUAUCAGCAAGGAUACACCCCGUCUUUCGACGAUGAGCGCCGAAUCGCCGACAUCCUUCGGAACAAAAACCCAACACCACUUGGUGGGAAUAAUCCUUUCGGAAGCAAGACCGAAAAGAUCGACAACUACAACGACCUAUCUCUAUAUUCAAACCGGAAACCCGCCUUCGGUCAAAGGAUCUCUUACGAUCCGAAUGACGGUCGCUCAGACCUCGGUGGGUCGUUCUUGCGAAAUCCUUUCGCGGACGUGAGUCGCCUGAAUUUCGACAAUGAUCUUCAUUCAUACAAAGCCCUGACGGCCCUUCACAACGGGCCCUUCGAGGUUUUCUCGAGACCUAUCUUGAUCCAUAACACAUCCGCGAAGGACAAGCCGCCGACGGACUUUGGAUUCUGGAGUGAUCCGAUCAAGCAUCGAAAUACAGUCGCGAGUCACCAGCUCAAUCAACAUCGGAAUCAAGGAUUCCUCGACAACACGUACAAAAGUCACGGGAUCGUCACGAGGCCGAAGCAGAACGAAUUGGCCGCAGGUAACCGCAAUGCCGGGAAGGUGCCACCCCGUCUGACCAUCGGCAGCUCUAACGGCUUCGAGAACGUGAAGAUCUCCUACGGAGGAUUCAAGCCUACUGCCGCUUUUUGGACUCCAGGAUCGUCGCUCGACGCAUUUCGCAACUUCGGCACGAAGAUCACCGAGAAGUCGAGAUCGUGCUACAGGAGGCUGCUGUCCGGCAAGAAGAGCCUGGAUCUGCACGUCAGACGCGCCGUCGAAUGCGAGAAGAUCGAGGAUUGCCAUCGCGCUUGCGACUAUGAGAAGCUCUUCAUUUGCGAGGGUUUCAAUUACAGACGUAUCGGCAAUGGAGCGAGAGGGAUGUGCGAGAUGACGUCAGUACCGUACUCUCGUAUGGAUCUCCAUCGAGAUUUCGUGUCGGAUUCUCAAUGCGAUUAUUACGAGAAGGAUCCGAAUUGUGCGAUCGACGCGGCUGGAACGCGGCCAUCCUGGUGGAAUCAACCAUCUAGACCUAGCCAGACCUACGGUGUACCUGCUAGCGGAAGACCCGACGUGAGACCUUACACGCCCGAUCGACGUCCUCUGAACGAGAUACCGCGACCUUUGGACUACGACCGACGUCCACUCAAGGAAAUACCACGGCCCUUGGAUUUUGAUCGACGUCCCGCGAACGAAAUCCCGCGACCCUUGGAUUAUCCUCAUCAUCGGCACGUGGAGCACGACCGGCGACCACCGGUGAUCUACGGAGAACCUCAUCGCGUACUCUACGAGGAUACGUUUGGUCAAAGAGCUUAUCCCGACAAUCAAGGCUCGAUACGAGGCGGCUAUCCGGCGGCGAGACCCGAAGAUCGAUUUGACUACAGCGGCCGAUUUCCACCUAGACGACCCAGCGACGACGACUUCUACAACAGAAACUUGCCAUGGUCACGGUACCCGAAGUAUCCGGAUAGAAGAAUCGAUCAGGGACCUACCCAUGACAUAGGUACAAACGAGAUCGGUCCCUACUUGCCGGAACAUCGGGAGGAUCCGAGCCGCGAUUGGGGUUCUUACGGUACCGUUUAUGGCGGCUCCUAUGGCUAUGACACGAAUUACGUGAGCAACAAGUUCGACAUACCGAAGUACUACCCGAAACCGCGGCCCAAACCACCGCGACCCUACGAGAACGAGCACUUCUACGGCGAGUUUUACAAUUACGGCGGCGCAUUCGGAUACGGCGACAGUUACAUCCCGGCCGAUCAGGAUCCGAUCUACGGCGGCACCGGGAAGACGGACGAGUGCUCGGUCAGAGCAGGCGCAGGAUUCAGACUCGGUAGAAGAGUCGUUCGUAAGACAUUUUUGACGCCGAAUUUGGAUCAAUGCGAGAGUCUGUGCGUUAACGAGAGAAGCUAUAUCUGCAUGAGCUUCAGUUACAGGUACAAUGUAGCACCUACGGAUCCUACAGAUAAUUGCCUUCUCAGUGACGUUUCAUACAAGGAUUUAAAUUUCUACACCGACCUCGAGCCGGAUCGCGACUAUGAUAUUUACGCUAUGGUGGCCAAUUCGAGAACUUGCGGCACGAAGAGAGGACCGAGUCAACAUCCUCCGGAUGAAUGUUUUUGGAGGGUCAGAAGCGGAUUCGGAAUGCCGGACGAUGUCGUUAAAAAAUCGAUAAUAGUUGACAGUCUAGGAGAAUGUCAGAUAGAAUGCACAGUAUCGCAAGAUUUCACGUGUAGGAGCUUCGCGUUUAAAUAUGGAUUAGAUCAAGGACGACAAGACAUCCUGACGAAUUGCUACUUGAGCGACUGGCAGUCGCAAGAUAUUAAUCCUGCCAAUAUGCCGGAUAUGGAUGGCGCAGAAUUAUAUGAAAGGGGCAGUUUCGGUAGGGGAUGUCAUCCUUAUUCUAUCCCAUUUUUCAAUACAGGGCGAUUCAGUGGCAAGCAGUCGUCACACGAAGACGAAGUAUGCUAUUCUGGGUAUAAUAAACCCUGCAAAUUGACACCUUAUGCUGUGCUCUUGGCAACAUAUGUAAAUUCCGAGCAAGAUUGUCGACAAAAAUGUUCAAGAAUGAGAGAAAGUGAUUCUAUCCCUUGCAUGUCCUACAGUUAUAAGCUUACCGCUCACGGCACAGAAGAAAAUUGUUUACUCAGUGAUGUACCAAUACGAGACUUACGACUUGGUCUGGAUUAUAUCUACGACGACAAUCACGUCAUGUAUGCGUGGAAAGAUCUCGACCCUCACUGCAUGGUCACCAGUUACUCCAUUGAUGACGAUCAUGUGUUUGGUGGUCCAGGUUCAUUGAGACCGCUUCUUCCAGGUCCAUCACAGCCUAAUUAUCGCCCAAUAGGCGAUACCAAUUACCCGAGCACGAGACCCGAUACUUAUCCCGAUCCAAGACCUUUCUUUACAAUACCGAAACCGAGCGGUCAUCACGAUAUGAGACCAUACGAUCCCGAUAAACCCGAUCCAAUUAAACCGUAUCAUCCCGGAUACGAUAAUUACGGUGAUAAAUUUGGAUAUGGUGCUCCCGGUGGAAUCACUUACGGACACGGAUUUUUCUAUCCUGAUGAAUAUUCAACCUUCCGUUAUUACACGGUAAACGGUUAUCCGUGCAAAAGAGGCACAAAGUGUGAGAGGAAUAAAAUUGCUGGAUUUUGGGCCUGCGAGACCGAAGGAAGCGAAUUCGGUAGUUGGGAUUAUUGCUGCGCACCGACUCAUCAUUGCGGCUUUUCGCAAGGAUAUCAUUACCCAUGGUGCUACGUUGGUGUUUCUGAGGAUCAAUGGCGGCCGUGCAGCGAGAAGUACUUCCCGUACCUUCCAAGCCCCCGACCCUCCGUACAUAUCCCAAGCAGCGACGGUGAUCGUCCCCACGAUCGGCUCGAUCCCCACGAUCCCGGUAGACACUGGCCGAUCACGUACUUGCAUCGAGAACCGCCUCCGAAUUGUACCGAUUCUCUCGCGUCCGCCAACAGCGAAAAUCGUCGCACAAACGGGACGACACCGGGCACGAUCGAGAAACCGGCAAGCACCACCGGCACGACUCAGCCAAGCGAUAAUACUACUGCUAGAAUCGUAAGAACACGUCAACGACGUCUACGAGCACGAAUGACGCCGAUAAACAAUCAAACGAGGCAUGAUUAUCCGAUAAACUCACCAAGAAACGACGCCCAAAUGUUAACGACCAAGCAGGGUCAACGGUCAAAUGGACGACCUGCGAAAAUUGAGCAAGUUUCGAAACCACCGCGGGCUGUUCCAUUGGGCGCGCUUGUCCCCCGCGAUGCUACCGUCACGCCACACUUGUCAGCUGCUGCCACCAACGGCGCCGAUUCGCAACUGAGGCAUGCGCGAAUCGAAGCGAAAAGUAACGUCGGGAUAAUUAAAGUGCCUCUGAUCGAGCCAAACAAUUCACUGCCGCCAACGAGAACUUAAAUGUCUGAUAACGAUCUUGAAUAUUCACAUAUGUCGUGAUUUCGUCGUCGAAAGAAUAUUACGUUGCAAUUGUUGAUGCUCGGACGAUAACUAUAAGAUUUUAUUAUUGAAAUCAAUUGACGAUAAGUUGACAGGCCGAAGGAGAUGUUUGCGUAAACAUCACUAAAUUGACAAUUAUAUCUCAUAAUCGAAUUAAUCUUCUUAGUUUUGUAAAUAUAUAGGACUUAGGUUGGCGAAUCUUCGAAAUGAACAUUCAGUCAGCAUUCAUAUUAUUGCGCUUAAAAUGGAGACACUUAAACACACAUGGAAUAUUUAGCACGCGAUAAAAAUUAUAGAUAUUUGAAAUACGUUUUAAAGACGUCUAAUAGACGUUUAAAAAGAAUAGGAUAUUUUAUAGUCGUUUUUAGAACGUCCUUCAUAUGUUUGUAUUAUUUGUCUGUGUUAUCGCUUUACGACAUACAUAUGUAACUGUUUGCAAUUCUCGGAAACCUAGCUGAUACUCCGAUGAUCAAUUUGUAACAGUUAAUUGAAUUAUUUCUUUAUGUGAUAAUUUAGUUGUGAACAAAAUUCGUACAAUAAAGAGU